CCCUGGCGGGAAAAUCCCUCUAAUGCCCAAAGAAGCCCCGCCACAAUUACAAAAAGACCCACUCAUAUUGCGUGAGCCAAAAAGUACUUGAGGGCUAUUCUCGUCAUAUAAAAUUUUCAGCACCGUCUUCCCGCCAUUACAAAUCCCCAGAUUGUCAUCGAUUCAAUCAAAUCAUCUGUUUCUAGACCGAAAACCAUUUUUCAGGCAUCGAAUUCUUGCAGUUCAUACAGAUUCCGGGAUGGCGGAAGAGGAAUCCGGGGACGCUAUCCGGCCGGAAUUCCCGACGGGACGAGUGAAGAAGAUAAUGAAGCUCGACAAGGACAUUGAAAAAGUGAAUUCAGAAGCCCUGUUUUUAGUCUCAUGCGCCACCGAACUCUUCCUUAAGCUUCUCGCUGAAAAAUCUGCAGAAGUCGCCGCUGAGAAGAAACGGAAGACCGUGAAGCUCGAACACAUCCGAAUCGCCGUCAAAAGGCAUCGAUCCAUCAGUGAUUUUCUCCUCGAUUCGCUUCCUCUUCCGCCUCAGCCGUCGGAUGCGCCGGCGAAGGACGAGAAUCGCACUCGCACUGUCGUAGAUAAAGUGGUUCCUGAAGGAACCCGUCGAAUCGAUGAUUUUUUCCGCCGGCCAGCUAAGACAACGUCUGCGGAGAACAACGAGUCAUAGGCCCAAAAUCUUCAACAGGCAAAAGCUCACAAGCAC